CAAUGUGUGUGUGUGUGUGUGUGUUUUUGCGUGUGCGUGCGUGUGUACGUACGUUCAUCGUUACAUACCUGUUUGUAUACAUCUUAGGUGUUCUUACAACACCGAAUAUACACACACAUCAUUAAUAUUGCUACCUAAAUUACCGGAUUCGUAGGUCCUCAAGCACAGUCCCUCUUCCGCCACCGAAGAGGAAACAACAUUCAUUCCGAUACGUGCCCGGAAGAUAAAAAAUAAUAAUAAUAAUAAUAAAAUAAAAUAAAUAAAAAAUAAUAAUAAAAAUGAAAAAAAAAAGUCGGAACUUCAGUGACAUUUCCAAGAUAUGAUAUGACAGUAUUGAAGUUAUUUUCAUGAUGAACACGGUAUAUUUAACGACCAAGUGGAAGUCCUAUUUUUUUUUAAAUAUGAUUCGUGUUAGCGGGGUCCAGCGAGAGUAUAUAAGGCCACGCGGCUACCAAACGGUACCAGUCAACGAUGGUGUCCGCGGUUCUCCUCAGCGCGUUAGUGGCGGUGGCUGCGGCCUUCCCCCAAGCCCACCCUGGUCCAGCCCACCCCGGUCCGGCCCACCCUGGUCCAGCCCACCCCGGUCCGGCCCAUGUUAGUCCUAGCCACCCCAAUCUGGCCGCCCACGUCAGCCCCCUCGCCCCUAACCAGGGCGCCCACGCCUUCCCCGCCCACGUCAGCCCACUGGCUCCUAAUCAGGCUGCCCACCCACUCCCCCCCGGCGUGGAUCCUGCCUGCGCUGGAAAAUACCCAUUCUGUGAUUAAUUGAUUUUUUUAUACCUUUUAAUAUAAAAGACAAAAAGCAUGCAUGGGGAGCGAAAUGUUCUUGCAUUAUGCUCAACAAAAUGGUAAAUGAAGAUGGAAGGUUGGAUGCAGCUCGUCUCUUUGUUAAUUGUCUGUCUCAGGAGAAGACUUCCCUGCCUCUUGUUCGGUGAUGAAAUAAACUUAAAUGUU